AAACCUUGGCCCGAUGGAGGAGAAGGAGGCUGCAAGGAAGAGGAAGAUGGCCCGGGAGCCGCAGGCAGAGCAGGAGCUGAGCAUGGAGAGCAGGGAGGACAAAUCCCCACAGCAGAACCUGGUGGCAGAGGCCGUUUUGAGCGGCUCCACAGCGCAGGAAGCCAACGGGGAGGAAAAGCCGCGGAGAUCCCUCAUGAGGAGGGGCUGCAAACGCAGAUCACGGGGAUCUGAGGAGGAAAGACCAACCCUGGGUCAGGGAGGCGUCCGGAACUCAGAGCUGGGGGUCCUUGAGCAGCUUCAGGAUGGGGAGAAGCCCCACAAGUGCUCGGACUGUGGGAAGAGCUUCAGCCAGAGGUCACACCUGAUCCGCCACUGCAGAAUCCACACUGGAGAACGGCCCCAUGAGUGUCCACAGUGUGGGAAGAGCUUCUGCAACCGUGCUGACCUGAUCAAACACCAGAGGAGCCAUACAGGGGAGAGGCCCUACAAGUGUGGGAUGUGUGGGAAGAGCUUCAGCCAUAGCUCCAGCCUGAUCGUCCACAUGGUAAUCCACUCGGGGGAGAGGCCCUACGAGUGUGGGCAGUGUGGGAAGAGCUUCAGAAGGAGCUAUGAACUGAGCAGACACCAGAGGAAAAACACAGGGCAACAGCCCUACAAGUGCCCCGAGUGUGGGAAGAGCUUCUGCGAGCGUGUUGACCUGGUCAAACACCAGAGGACCCACAUGGGGGAAGGUCCCUAUGAGUGUCCUGAGUGUGGGAAGAGCUUCUGCAAGCAUGCUGCCCUGGUCACACACCAGAAGACACACACGGUGGAGAGGCCCUAUGAGUGUGGUAAGUGCAGGAAGAGGUUUCUGAAGAGCUCCGGUCUCCUCAGACAUCAGACCAUUCACACAGAGGAGAGGCCCUUCCGCUGCCCCGACUGCGGGAAGGGCUUCAAGCGCAACUGCACCCUCGUCGUCCACCGGAGGAUCCACACCGAGAGGGCCUAUGAGUGUGAUCAAUGCAGGAAGAGGUUUAUCACCAGCUCUGGUCUCCUCCUGCACCAGCGCACUCACACAGACGAGAGGCCCUUCCGCUGCUCCGACUGCGGGAAGGGCUUCCAGCGCAACUGCACCCUCGUCAAGCACCGGCGCAUCCACACCGGGGAGAGGCCCUACGAGUGUCCUGAGUGUGGGAAGAGCUUCUCACAGAGCGGUAACUUGAGAAUACACCAACGGAGCCAGCACUAAGGGAAGCCCUGCGCGUGCCCCGCAUGCAGGGAGAGUUUCAUGUGCUCCUCCAGCUCCAUCCCCCAUGGGAUCCACACCGGAUGAUCCCCAGAGAGCGCCGGUGGGCAGAGCCCCGGUGAUCUGUGGUGCCAGUGAUCCGUGUUGGGAAGACACCUGGCUGGGGGCUCCACAUCCUCCUGGCUCUCCAUGGGCACCUGCACACAUCCACAGACCAACAUCUCCACAUCCAUUGUGGAGAGCAGUUUUGUCAACUUCUGACCCCAGAAAAAUCUCCCUUUUUGCAUCUUCUGGUGUCAUCAAGCAACACUGGAUGGCCUUGGAGGUCUUCUCCAACAUACAUCCAUCAUUUUAAUUCUCUUGGACCCAUGGGGACCUUCCACAGCUAAAUGCGGAGAGACUGGGGCAAACCCCCGAUUUUGGAUCCAGUGAGGUGGAAACCUCUCCAAAAAAGGUUCUUCCCUCCCAUUGAAGCACGUAGAUGCUCUGCUGGCAGGGACACGUAAAUCCUUUUGUUUUGGCCUUGAAAUUAAAAGGUUUCUGUUGAUCCCUUUGAGACAUGGGGUUAGGAAUUAACUUGGGUUAGAAAUCUAUCUCAGAUUUUGGUGAAUUGUGCUGCCUUGAAUUAUUUAGUCUGCAGAGUCUAUUAAUUUGCUGUGCUUGUAGCUCACAAAACUGCCUCAAACAAGAUGAAAGGAAUGUGAAUUUCCAAGUUAGAGGAAGAUAAGAGAGGCUACUUGGACCUUGAAUCAAGAAGGAAACCAAAACGGAGGCUGCAGGAGAAGGAGGGACAACCAGAGAACUAAUUGUAACGCGAAACUACUAAGUGAAUAGAUGUGAACCUAUUGUGAAACUUAAUGCAUAUGCAACAAGUUAGGGGACAAAGGGGAGGUCUGGACUCUCUGGGGA